AUGCAAAUCACCACCAUCCUCUUCGACUGCGACAACACGCUCGUGCUCUCCGAGACGCUCGCCUUCGAAGCCUGCGCAGACCUCACAAACGAGAUCCUCGCCCGCCAGAACGUCUCCCAGCACUUCACCGGCCCGCAGCUCCAGGCCGAGUUCGUGGGGCAGAGUUUCCAGGAUAUGAUGAAAUCCCUCGCCGCGAAAUACGACUUUAAAACCCCCCUCUCCGCCGCCGCGCUGCAGCACUACGCCAGCAUGGAAGACGACCUUGUGAUCGCCAAGCUGGCGCAGAAGCUCACCCCCUGCGACGGCGCGAACGACGUGCUGGCGGAGCUGGUGCGGGCCCGGAGAUUCCACCUCGCGGUCGUCUCGGGGUCUGCGCUGCGCCGCGUGCGGGUGUCGCUGGAGAAGACGGGCCAGAGCGGGUUUUUUGAUAGCGACGAGGUGUUCAGCGCGUCGUGCUCGCUGGAAAUGCCCGUGUCGAAGCCGGAUCCUGCGAUCUAUCGGCAUGCGGUGCGGGCGCUGGGGCGGGUGCCGCGGGAGUGUGUUGCGGUGGAGGAUAGUAGGUCUGGGGUGCUGGCGGCGCGGGGGGCGGGGAUUCUGGUGGUUGGGUAUACGGGGUGUUAUGGGGAGGGGGAGGAGAGGGAGGAGAUGGGGAGGGUGCUUGUGGAGGCCGGGUGUGCGGUGGUGAUGGAGCAUUGGAGGGAGUUUGCGGGGUGUUUGGAGGGGAUUCAGAGGAUGGUUGAAGAGGCGUAG